AUGUCAGCUCGGUCAUGUGAUCAGCUGUGUCCAAUCACGGCUGAUCACAUGCAAACAGGGAAAUGCCGUUAUCGGGGACAUGUACACAGAUCAUCAGAGCACUGAUGAUCAGUGUGCCCAGAGGAUCUGUGUAGCCCCAGCUGUGCCACCUGUCAGAGUUCAUCAGUGCCAGCUGUCAGUGCUCAUCCAUGCCACAUGUCAGUGCCCAUCAGUGCCACAUCAAUGCCACAUAUCAGUGCCCAUCUGAGCUGCCUUUCAGUGUCACCCAUCAGUGCCAGUCAGUGCCACCCAUCAGUGCCGCCUAACAGUGCCAGUCAGUGACACCUAUCAG